AGUACAACACCCCCUCCCCCCGGUCCUCGCCAUGUUCAACGCUCCCCGCCCGUCUCAGCCGUACGCGGCGCCGUCAUCCAACGGCUUUGGCGCAAGCUUUGUCAACGAGAAUCCUCUUGCCAAUUCCAUGUAUGAUGACGGACUCGAUCCCUGGAGCAGCACGCCCAGUCCCGCGCCGCCAGCCUUUCCUAAGUUCCCAUCGCCUUCUACCGGAUUUAGCUCCGUAAUAGGCGACGCGACCGUGCCAGCAAUUUACCACCAAGCGUUCGCUGCCGUCGAUAGCGACAACUCGGGUGAGACAUCUGUCAGUGCGCUCUCGCGCGUUCUCGCUACCUCGUCCCUUCCUGCAUCCACCAUCGAAAAGAUAGUGAGCUUGGUUAGCUCCCGUCCCCGAGUGUCGAGAUUAGAAUUCUUCGUUGCGCUCGCGCUUGCUGCACUGGCACAGAGUAGCAAAGACGUGAGCAUCGAGCGCGUCGCUGCUCUCGCCCGAGAAAAUGCACUGUCCGUACCCAAUCUCGAUCUGUCCGCUUUGGCAUCCUCCACAUCGACAUUCAACCAAUAUCCUAGUUCAGAGCCGCAUCAUGAUGUUCCCCAACGCGGAUAUUCAACAGAUGAUCCAUGGAGCGCGCCCAAGUUCCCCUCUGCCACAUCACCGUCGGCGACGAACGGUGACGGGGUUGUCACGAACGGUGUCCCUUCUAGCAUCUCCGGAACAGGGCUGCCAAAAGAAUGGUGGAAAAAUCAGCAGUCCGUGCACCUGAACGUCUUGGGGCAGCAGGGGUUCCUUCUCAAUAGGUACCUCGUAUAUGAAGUGUUUACUGAUCGAGGACAACCGGUUCCAAGGCGAUACUCUGAAUUCGUGUUCCUUUGGGAGUGUCUGGUGAAGCGAUAUCCCUUCCGUCUGCUCCCUGCUCUGCCGCCGAAGCGAGUCGGACCGGACGAAAACUUCUUGGAGCAACGAAGGAAAGGGCUGGCGCGCUUCCUGAACUUUGUCAUAAAUCAUCCGGUGAUCAAGGAGGAUGGACUUCUCGCAGUAUUUCUCACUGAACCCAACUUUGAAUCAUGGAGAAAGCACUCCUCCAUAUCCUAUGAUGAAGAGUCCACCAGCAAACGUGUCGAUCAUGUCGAGGAAAUGAGCAUCCCAAGCGAUCUCGAGGACAAACUCGCCGUCGUCCGCGGGAAGGUAGGCUUUCUAAUUGAGCAUUGGCAGAAGAUCUGCAUGCUCGCGGAGCGCGUCAUCCGGCGACGCGAGGCCGAAGCGGCGGAUCUGGCGCGGCUGACGAACACGAUGAACAGUCUUGUGGAGAUAAAUGAACACUGUUGGCGCGGGGACGAGUGUGAGCUGUGUGGAGGUGUGAGGCAGGGACUAGUGCAUGCUGCCACGCAUGUGCAGAAGCAUUCGGAUCUGUUGGAGCAUCGGUCACGGACGAUGCUCUACAACACUCUUGAAGCAUUGAAGAGCCAACGCGAUAUCUACAUCGCAGUGCGAGAUCUGUUCAUCCGACAUGACAGGCUAUCCAGCGACCAGGUCGACCGCCUAAAGAAGCGCAUCGAGUCCAACUCGCUGAAGCUCGAGGGAGUCAAGCAAGCGCAGAAAGAGGGCUGGGAGACGGAGGCGGACAAGAUCACCGUGCUGAUCGAGAAAGAUCAAACGCAGAUCGCGACAUUGCUCAAUCGGAGGGUGUUCAUACGAGCGUGCAUGUGGCACGAACUCCGCGUUGUACUUCACAACCGCGAGAACGCACUGCUCACGCAGAUGUUGCAGACACUCGCGCGCGAAGAGCUCGACUUCAGUGAGAGCGUGGUGACAAACUGGACGUCGUUGGUGGAGGCGGUGGAAGACAUGCCCUUCGAAUGAGCGUACCAUUUCGACAGGGGACGGACUGCAGGAGGAUUUAUGAGUAAGAAUAUUGGUUGCGGAAACUCGUAUGCUUUGAUGUAUACGAUACGGCCGGAUAUGUGCUCUCAAUGAUUUAUAUAUUGAAUAUCAUCGAUCUUGGCAUUUCGCCCAGCGAUGAAUCGACUUUGUCCAUGAUACCAACAAGCAAAAGACUUUGUAGCUACACAAAAAAGGUGGCACUUCUCAUACCAUACAAUCACCCGCUGAGCACUAGACAUGAAUACUGAAUAAGAUAGGGAAUGUCAGUAUUGAACGUUGCGGAAUUGACGUUAGGUUCAGCACGAGCAUCGCACACGUCUUCAACUCCAUCUUUGUUGCUCACCCCAUCCCCUACCUCGGGUAGGACUACUACUACCCGCCCCUCCUCUCCCACGUCCGCGCUU